AUGAAUACCAACCGGCUGCCACCACAGAGACCGCCCAGACCUGACCUGAGAAGAGGAGUUUUGGGAAGUCUAACUGCUGCAUCAGCUGCGGCCUAUAAUUUUCUCGCCCACGACUUUGAAUACGUGCCAGAUCGGUAUCAGGACGAAAAGGCCUACCCUACUCGGUUAUCUCGGGCCGGGUCGAGCAUCCGCCUCGGACAAGCGCUCGGCCGCAAUGACUACCCUCUAAGGCCACCACCUAUUCGCAAGAGAACAUGGCAGAAGGACGAGAACGGCGAACUGCGCAGCAAGUCUUUUGAGGAUGCUCAGUACAACCAGUACGAUGAGGCUCGUGGAGGCCGGGACAGAAACCCUUUCGACGACUCCAACGAAGUCGAGGACCAGUAUGGAGAAGACAAGGACGAGAACGAGGAGCCUUUCUCUGUAUACUCAAGGAAGCAGAAGUGGUCGAUCAUUGUUAUCAUUGGUUUGGCGGGUCUUUUUUCUGGCUUGUCCUCUAACAUCUAUAAUCCGUCAUUGGACGCCAUUUCAAGGGUAUGCCAAUAG